AUGACAAUGGAUCAAGAUAUUGCACAGGAAUUAACAGGUGCUGAUUUAAUUAGAAUAUAUGCUGAUUAUAUUGAUGCAAUGAGAAGUAUAUAUAAACUCACAAAUGACAAGAUUGAAAGCACUUUUAUCAAAGUUAAAGAAAUUUUAAUUAAUAAAUAUCAUUUAAAAACAUCGAUGAUUUUAAACACAUUGUUUAGAUGUACUUAUUUAAGGGACCGUUACAUGAAGGCAUAUGUAAAACUUUAUGACUUGAUUAAUAGUCUUAAAAAUAAAAAAACUCACUCUGUAGAUAAAAUCAAAGAUGUUAUCUCUGCAUUCGAAAAUAACAAGCAAAAAACAGACAGUUCUCAUAGAGACUACUACGAACUUUUGAAACCAAAAUCAUUAUUUAAUUCAAUCAUGAAUGAUGAUCUUGAAACAAUGAUAUAUAUAGUCAAUCAGCCAGGUUUUGACAUCAAUAUCAAAAUGAACAAAGAUUUAUUUAACAGUGAUAUGCAAUACAAUCUUUUGGAAGUUUGCUCUUAUUAUGGUUCAGAAAAAUGUUAUUUAUAUUUAAUACAGAACCAUAAUUUUGAACCUUCUGAUUAUUCGAUUGCAUUAUCAUUCUUAGGUGGAAAUCCACAGAUUAUACAUGAAUCAUUACCUUUAAUAGAUUCUUCAAAUAUUCGUGAAUGUGUUGAAUAUGCAAUUGUAUCACACAACAUCGAUUUCUUCAACUAUUUAAAUAACAACUUUCCUCCAUCAAAAUAUUUGUUAUAUUGUCAAUAA